UCCUCCUCGUCUCGCUGUCCCAGCGAGAUCGACCACCCAGUCCACCACCCACCUCGUACGUGUUCUGUCCACACACGCGCUGCGGCUACGGGCGAGAUGCCGAUCCUCCCGCGUCGUCGAUAUGCGGAGCCCUUGCUGCUCCUGCUCCUGGCAGCCGUUGCCCGCUCAACGGCAGCGGCACCGGACGUCGUCGAGCUGAUCCUCCUCACCGGCGCUCAGGAGAAGGGCGCAGUGUGCUUGGAUGGGAGCCCACCGGGCUAUCACCUGCAGAGAGGCUUUGGCUCCGGUGAACACAGCUGGCUCAUCUAUCUUGAGGGAGGAGAAUGGUGCGACACCAUCGAAAGCUGUUCCAACCGUAAAACGACCGAGCUUGGUUCAUCCAAAUUGAUGGAAGCGCAAGAGUUCGAGGGGAUACUCAGCAAUAACCAAACAGUGAAUUCUGAUUUUUACAACUGGAACAAAGUUGUCAUAAGGUAUUGCGAUGGAGCAUCGUUUUCAGGGAAUGCGGAGGCUCAAGAUCAGGAUGGGAGCACGCUCCACUUCAGAGGAUUGCGCAUCUGGCAAGCAGUUCUUGAUGAGCUCAUGGAAAAAGGACUUGCGAGUGCUAAACAGGCCUUACUUUCUGGAUGCUCCGCUGGUGGUCUAGCUACACUACUGCACUGCAAUGAUUUUCAUGCACGAUUUCCUAAGGAGGUUUCAGCUAAAUGCCUUCCUGAUGCUGGAAUUUUCCUUGAUAUUGAGGAUUUAUCUGGGAAGAGGCUCAUGUGGUCCGUUUUCAAUGGAACUGUUCAGCUUCAGAAUGUUAGUGAAGUUUUGCCAAAGGAUUGUCUUGCAAAGAAGGUUCGAACAGAGUGCUUCUUGGCCACUGAGCUUGUCAAGAGCAUCACCGCUCCCACGCUUAUUGUGAACUCUGCCUAUGAUUCUUGGCAGAUAAGAGAUACUCUUGCCCCAGUGGGAUCCUAUCCUGGACAAUCAUGGUUGAAUUGCACAAAUGACAUUGGAAAUUGCAAUUCCACACAAAUGGAAGUACUCAAUGGGUUCAGGAAGAAAUUUGUCGAUGGCGUAAAGGUUGUCAAAGACAAAAAGGACUGGGGUCUGUUCAUUGAUUCAUGCUUCAUGCACUGUCAAACAAAAUACAGCAUCUCAUGGAGCUCACAGUUUUCCCCAGUACUUGGUAACAUGACUAUCGCCAAGGCUGUUGGGGAUUGGUAUUUUGAGAGAAGCAAAACAGUGAAAGAGAUUGACUGCGAGUAUCCAUGUAAUCCCACAUGUAAACUUACGGGAUAACGCUUUGAUCUGGGCGUCUGACACGUCGAUUUCCAUCGACAUCUAGUCAUCCGGACGCGUAUUUAUUCCAAACAUAGAGUUAUUCGUUAUAUUGUAGUACAUGAGAAGCAAAAUGUUAUACUACUAACUAGAAUUUGAAUGUGUUUCAUAUUUUAAGCCGUUAAUUUUUUUUUACAUUUUUUUAUGUUUCAUAUGCAGAACAAAAUGUUUCAACUUGAAUUAGUUUUUUUUUU